AUGUCGUCCGACGGUACCCCGGGCAUUGAGACGCUGAACACUCGGUUCAGCACUCCCGCUCCCGAGCUAGACGACCACCGACCAAGACGUAGUUCUGCUGCUCCUAUCCAAGCGAGACCCGCUCCACAGCAGCACAUGGAAGUUCCUACAUUGGAGUUGCAGCAGGCCACUCCACGAGCAAGUGUCUUGACUCCGACGGACCUGCUUCAUGUCGAUGAUGCCCUUCGCUCGGCCAACGAUGCGCACCCUAGCAUAGCCAGAGAUUUCGAGGAUGAAUUGGCCAUUAGCGAUGGGAGUGAGGCUGGCUCCGAUGUUGUCGCACGAGUCAAUGGGAGAGGCUCAGCGAGACGAGAUACUGCUGGAAGAGUUGGUCGACCUAGAAUCCUUCGUCAAACCGAACGAUCACGAGAUAAUUCUUCUUCCCGAUCAACUUCACCUGCCAACUCUGUCGAAGCGUUCGCAGAACCACGUCGAAGACAACGAGCUAACACCAUCGGAAGUGUGACUGAGUCCGUCGAACUUCCACGAUUCAGAGCGGCUCCUUCACAUACAGAGACCCGAAGGCCAACUUUGAGCAAUAUCAGCAUUCCUGCUGGACUGCAAUCACGAGUAGCUACACACGAAGAUGCCGAACGCAAUGCAAGUUUUGUCAUUGAUGAUGAGCCUGGAAAGACAUAUAGAGUUGACUUUGAGGAGCUAGAGGAGUUCGUUGCUCUAUGCAAGCAAGGCAAGAUUCCCCUCGAUCUCGCUUCUCGAAGUAUCAGUGGUGGAAGCGACAAGAAAGUUUUCCACGAUCAGCGUCAGGCUGAAGACGAUCACCAGAAUGCUGCUCUAAAUGGAGAGAACUUCUAUGAAAAGCCUCUUGCCUCAGUAUCCUCUGGCAUCACUGCCACACACAAUACUACACCAUCGGCAGACGCAAAGCAAGUGCCUGAUCGUUUCACUUUCUUCUCCACUGAUGUUCAGCAGCCGAAGUUUGCAAAGACACUGGCCGACUAUGUUUCGGAUGGCAGCAAGUUUUCCGAACUGUUUGACGUUGGUCCAGAGGGUGGUGUCUGGUGGCUUGAUGUCGUCAAUCCCACUCAGGCCGAGCUUGAUGUUCUUGCUUCUGCAUUUCAACUUCACAGGCUUACUAAAGAGGACAUCGAAACUCAAGAACCACGUGAGAAGGUCGAGCUGUUUCGUGACUACUAUUUCGUGUGCUUCCGCUCGUUCAACAUGAACAAACUGUCAGAAGAUUUCCUGGAGCCUGUCCAUCUCUAUAUUAUUGUCACUCCCGACGGUGUACUCUCUUUCAGCUAUACCCCGAAUCCGCACGCUCGCAAUGUUCGUCGAAGAAUCAGCAAGGUUGGUGAUUUCGUCUCCCUGGGUCCGGACUAUAUCUGUUACGCCCUUAUUGACGAUAUUGUCGAUUCUUUCGCUCCUAUCAUACACGGGGCUGAGACUGAGUCUGAGAACAUCGAGGACCAGGUCUUCAUCGCUCGCGAAGACGACUUCGCCGCGCUUCUAAGGCAGAUAGGUGAAGCUCGGAAGCGUGUUCUCAAUAUGAUGCGACUACUAGGCGGAAAAGCAGAUGUCAUCAAAGGUUUUGCGAAGAGGUGCAACGAGCAAUACGAUAUAACACCUCGUGGCGACAUCGGUCUAUAUCUUGGUGACAUCCAGGAUCACGUUGUGACCAUGAUGUCUAACUUAGGUCACGUCGAGAAGAUGCUCAGUCGCUCGCAUGCCAAUUACCUGGCUCAGCUGUCGGUCGACCACUUACUUAAGGGUAACAGUACCAACAAGGCACUGGCCAAAAUCACCGUGGUCGCCACCAUUCUUGUGCCACUGAAUCUAAUCACAGGUCUAUUUGGUAUGAAUGUUCAUAUUCCUGGACAGGAUGUGGGCGGCUAUGCGUGGUUCGGUGGUAUCGUUGCGUCUAUUGCUUUGUUUGUUACGUGCGCUGUAUUGAUUGCGAGGAGACUGAAGCUGAUCUGA